CGGAUUUCUUCCUCCUGCCUUGACUAGAGUUUGAAAAGUCGACAAAAUGAACAGCGCAAUCCUUCAUUCUUUAUUGCUCGUUCUGUUGGGUGCUUCGUGCACAUUGGUCUCUGGAGGAUAUUUUAAACUAGAGACAAUUGACUCCGUAUACGAGGAGAAUCCUUACAUGGGAGAAUGGAGCUCUACAAUACACAACGAUACACGUUUUAGUCUCGACGUUCCUGUAAAAAAAGAAAUGCCCUGCGAUACCAUGGUAAAUGUAGACAUGAUUCACGAACAAAUGGGAGAGAUAUUUAUUUACGAAAAACCACUUCCUGAUGCAUUGAAUGACGAUGUACUUGGAAAGAGAAUUGUAGCUCACGGCUUGCCAUCUGAAAAGUUUCCCACAACAUGCCCAGUUACUCCAAAUAUGGAAUACAAAAUCUCCCAGUUCAACGUAGAUCAUGAAGCGUUGAAAUCCUUGCCCGAGGGAAAAAUUACAGGGAAGUUCGUACUAUCCAUAGAUAAGAAACCUGUAUACUAUCUGAAAUAUACCGCAACAUCUACAGUUGACAAGGCAAUGAUCAACUAAAUGUCGGAUCCGUCAACCUGAGUUAAUAACGCAAGAACAAAGCAUAGUAACGGAAAAGUCAAAGCAGAGCACGUUACAGUAGAAUAAUUUGUUAUGUACAUGCACAUAUAUACACUGAAAUAUAUUUAUCUGGGAGGAAAAAAA